CAUGUGGCAGAUAACAAUCAUGUAAUAUGGAGGCUGGAAGGCGUGUAUGACUUUUGGGAACGAGCAAUGUGGCUGGGUGUAUUUGUAAGACAUUGCGUUUGUUUUUAUGUUGUUAUGGUAUAAAAGAAGUUGUAAAAGUGUUCUCCAUGCUUAGAUCACCUUAGGUUUUCUGUCACUGGCAUGUCCUCUGGAGGGUUUAGCAAAUAAAGAAUCGCAUAUACUUCUAGUCUCUUUUUAGAGAAGUGCUAAGGGAAAGUCAGAGUGUAGUUUGAGCAAAGUGUAGAAGCACAGUUUUUGUGUAUUUAAUCUGAAUGUCUUUAUGAAUUGUGCCUUAUAAGACCAGAAUCACACUUAAGGAAGUGUUUUGUAUUAAAAAGGAUGCGAUGCUUAAACCUGGAGGAAGUUUCCAGAAGACGUGAAAUUUGGCAUCAACUUUUUUUUCUUUCUCCUUGAUCGAAAUUAUUAGCACAGUUGUUUCUUGGUUAUUGAUUGAAACCGACUGGUUUGGGCUAAAAGAUCAAUGCAUGUUGGGCAGGGUCAUGUACUGAGUUAGUUUGAGUUUUAGCGGUGUAGAGAUUAGAUUCGCUUAAGUCAUUUGGGUUUUCCAGCCAAAAUGCUGCUGUCCCUAGUCGUGCACACAUACUCGUUGCGGUACUGGCUUCCAGCGGCGGUGAUGCUGGGCACCGCUCCGGCUUACCUGCUGUCCUGGAGCGUCUGGCGUCUGCUGUCCACUGUGCUGCCGACAAGACUUUAUCACACUGUGGAUGACCGUGUAUAUUCAUUGUAUCAGAGUAUGGUCCUGUUCUUCUUUGAAAAUUACACGGGCGUAGAGGUUGUCAUUUAUGGGGAUAUACCAAAGAAGGAGAAUGUGGUUUAUCUGUCAAACCAUCAAUCCACAGCUGAUUGGAUUAUUGCUGACAUGUUAGCCAUUCGACAAAAUGCACUUGGACACGUACGAUAUGUCCUGAAAGAUGGUCUGAAGUGGCUUCCUUUGUAUGGAUGGUAUUUCUCACAGCAUGGAGGUGUGUAUGUGAAGAGAAGUGCCAAUUUUGAUGAGAAAGCCAUGAAAAAGAAACUAUCAUCUCAAAGCGAACUGGGCACGCCUAUGUAUCUUGUCAUUUUCCCAGAGGGAACCCGCUACAACCCUGAGCUCAAGAAAGUUAUCGAUGACAGUCAAGCUUUUGCUGCUAAAGAAGGACUUACUGUGCUGAAGCACAUUUUAACACCAAGAAUGAAAGCAUCACACGUUGCCAUUGAGACUAUGAAGGAACACCUGGAUGCAGUCUAUGACAUAACUGUAGCAUAUGAGGGAACUCUCACAGCAGACGGCCAGAGACAUCCAGCUCCUACAAUGCCAGAGUUCCUGUGCAAGGAGUGCCCCAGGGUGCACAUCCACUUCAACCGUGUGGACAUAAGGGAAAUUCCUGCAGAGCCCAUCUUCUUUCGCAGGUGGCUACAUGAAAGAUUUGAAAUCAAAGACAAGCUUCUGACCGCUUUCUACGAAUCUGAAGACCCUGAAAAAAAGAGCAGGUUCCCAGGAGAAGGACGAAAGUCACAUCUUAGUCUUACAAAGACAUUUCCUUCUCUGCUGAUUUUGGGUGGCCUCACUUUACCAAUGCUGUUAACAGAGUCAGGUAGAAAACUCUAUCUCAAUACCUGGCUGUAUGGGACUCUGAUUGGAUGGGUGUGGGUAAAUGUAAGUCCAUAAGCUAGCCAUACAUUUAAAAAAAAAAAAAAAAAAAAAUCCAUCCUAACUGCCUAUAUAAACAAAGAGACACUUUUAGGUUUCAUCGUUGGACAAUAUUCUUUGUUUCUCAGCAUAGGUUUUUUUUUUUCUUUCUCUCUCUCUUCUUCUCAGUGCACCAGUAACCCAAGAGGCUUAUUUACUGUUGACCAUUUAUUUUUUUUUACACUCCUAACUUUCAGAAGUUAAACUGUAACACUAUCUACACUGCAAAAAAGUAAUGAGAUGCACAAAAACUAAAACAUUCCAGUUGUCAACAUAAUAUGCUUGCAGCACUGUAGACAGAUGUUUAAAUUUAAAAUGAGAAUGUUUUAGUUUUGUUGCAUCGUAUCAUUCACUUGCAAUGUAGACCCAGUGUGUCAGUGUUUCCAUUCCAUCUGAGCUUAACUGUAAUCUGAAAUGCACACAUAGAUAACACGUAACAGAGACAACAUUUUAUAUUAAGGUUGGAUAUACCUAUAGCAGUCUUGAAAGUUUUGUCAUGAAACUUUUUUUUUUUUCCAUUUGGGUGGUUCUGAAUAUUAUAAAUGGUUUCUAAUGACUGUUUUUCACCUUUCUUGAUGUCCUUGAGAACUUUUGGAGUUUUAUUGUUUUGUGCUGUUUUUUUUUUUUUUUUUUGUGGUUAUGCAUUGGGUUUUGGUUGUGUGUUUCACAUCAGUUAUCUUUUUAAGAUGCUAAGAUCUAAAAAGUUUGGCUUUUUAUUGUAAUCGUUUGCACUAUUGCUAAAUAUUUUACAGAUAUAGUUGCCAAACUUGCUGGUUGCAGGGGUAUUAAAUAUAGUUAAGUCAAAUAUGAAAAUUCUGUUUCAACUUCAUUAUUCAACCUCAUGUUGUUCCAAACAUGUGUUACUUUCUUUCUUUGAAGAACCUCCACAUAUCCAUUUUCAAUGUUUUUCCAUAAUUUAAUCAAGAGCAAUAAUUUGGUCCAAAUGAUAACGAGAAAUCUGAGACAUUUUUAAAAAAGUGUCACAGUUCAGUGGUUGAUUUUAAUAUACAAAUCCAACAAUUAUAUGACUGACCUCACCUUUGCAAAUGCCUUCAAAUUGCAUUUUUUUAAAGCUGCUUGCUUUUAUUAGUAGUUGCAUAUUUAAGUGAAAUACAAUUGAUUUCUUUUACUAUUUUACAAUACCUAAAAGAAAAGAAAAAUGUGCUGCUGAAGAUUUUAGCUUUAAAAGACCAUAGGCAUUGCCAGAGCUUUAACAGGACUUCCAUCUUCUGGAAGCUUUUUAGGCCCUUUAGAUCUAAAGAUCUAAAAAUGUAGGCUCCCACAUUAAAAAGAUUUAUUGACUUGCAGCUGAUUGCACUUACCCAUAGUUCAUAAUGUGAUUGUCAUUGAAGUACAUGAUCUACAAAUAUUUUAAUGGGAAAUGCAUUUGAAUGUUUGCAGAGUAUGGUAAUCUUAAAUUAAAAUUUGUCAAUAGCAUAAAUGCCUUCAGUAUAAAUUUAUGAUCCUAAUCUUUAACCCUUAUAAUUUAACCCUAAGUAUCAAGCACUUGCUGACAAAAUCACUGAUCACAGCUGGGUUUCCACAAUCAUAAAACUGUAGUUUGCAACAGUUACAUGUAAGCUACAUAUACUUUAAAGUAGUUAAAGUAGAGUCAAACAACUCUUCCAGAUCUUAGUGUAUAAAUGUAUAACAGGUAUUUAGAUUUAAUCAGAACCAUAUUUUUCAAUAUCUCAAUUUGGGUGAGCCUUUGCCAAAACUAAUGAUUGUCUUAAGGUGCUUUAUAUAAUUUCUUUUAAUUUAGAUACAGAUUAGUUAAUUCAUGUUUACAGUCAAGGGUUAAUUCCUUUCAUAAUUCUUGUCUUUGCUUUUCUGCCAUUUUCCAAAAGUAUGCACCAUUAUCUAUAGAUGUAUCCAAUGUGGUGUUUUUACAUUAGAAAUUCUGUCUCUACCUCUUCAUGUUAAUCAACUUGUAAGCAGUGUUGUUCUAGUCCUUGUCGUGUUGACCCUGUUGUGCUGGGAAUUUUGAUUUGUUGUCCAUAUUUGUGUGUGUUUUUCAGAUUGGUUUUAGAUAUGUUUGAAAUUGAAAACAUGCUGACUGAUAGUCAAAAGUCAUGUUUGGGCUUUCUUCCCAUUAGUUUAAGUCAAUAAAUGGCUCCAGGCCCCAACCCCCUCCCCUCCCCCAACAGGACUGAAAAAUGCACUAGGGUCUUUAAUAAACUUACUUGAAAUGAUUAUUUUUUCCAGUUAAGGCAAAGCCAACCCUGUAGCUGGUUCAAAAGAUUCAUUUUGUUGUCAAUCACAAUGCCAAUAGCUUGUUUGCAGUCACGUGAUUCUGAUAACUCGCAAAAUUCAGAUGGAGGGCAGGAAGUGAAAAGCAGAAUGGGCGAGAUGGAAGAAAGUCCUCAAUGUACUGGUUUAUUAAAAGAGAGGUAUAAACAGAAAAAUCACAACAUAUGAUGGACGUGAUCAUUACGUUAUAAAGAAGACCGAUUUUUCCAAUGAAUUGGAAUAUUUGCCUGUCAUCGAGACAGUAAACAACUUCUCCUGUGCCCGGUUGCAUAAAGCAAGUUUUUUCCCUUGUAUGAGACUUUAGGCAUGAUUUCCCCUUACCUUUGGGAAUGGCAUGAGGGCUUUGCAUAUGAAGUCUAGUGAAUCCCUUAAACCGCAAAGUGUUUCACGACAGCGACCCAGGUUUUGCCGUUAUAAAAUUAUAUUGUUGCCAUGGAUAUGUUGUUUGUUAAUACAGAUAGAGUGUGCUACGUAUAUAAUUUGAUCACUGUUUGUGAAUAAACGAUUAAAUUAAAAUGUCUCCUUAGAAGAUUUGGAUUGAACCUGCUCGCUAAUGGUGAAGUUUUUCACCCCGUGACGUCAUGUGCAAACAACCUAUUGCCUUCAUGAUGCUGGAACAAAUAUUGGAACAAAAACCCAUAAACCUAACUUUAAACUUAAUGUAGUGUUGUUAGUGAAUCCUCAUAGAUUGCAGUACUGUUUGUUGCAGGAAUCCAUCCAUGAUUUUUGUGAAGUAAGAACUUUUCUGGACUGGUGACUGUGAUUGUGCAGUGAAAUUGGCUGAGGGGUGGAGUUUGCACUUAACUGCCUUGAGAAGAAAAACAAUGCUGCUUGACAUCACUGUAUUACAGAUAACAUGUCAGAGGAACAUAUUUUGGUAGAAGGGGAAUCCUUUGAGACAGGUUUUUACUACAAUCUCACUUGUAUUGUGUACUAUGGGUUGUCUAACAAGGUUUGGUGAUUUAAAGUAUUUAAAAUGCAACAAACUUGCUUAAAUUGGUGCUGCAUUGAUCCUUGUCUUUUAAAUAUUUGUUCAUGCAGUAUUGAAAUAUUAAUUGAAGCCCAUCACAGAAUUCACUGUCUAUAGAUAUUCAUGCUCAUUCAUUGUCUGUACUACUCAUUUACAAUAAAGUUGCUUUUUUUUUUUUCAAA